GAUUACAGGCAUUUUGACUCACCAACAUGCAAUUGCCCACGCAGUAUCCGAAAUGACCGCAAAACAAAAGAAGCAACAGUGAGAAAAUCGAAAAAGAUUAAGAAAAGAGACUCGUUCUACGAAAAAGAAGAAGGAGACGAGGAAGUGAGUGUGGAAUAUGAGACUGGAAACUAUGCCACCGGGAUCCGUGGCAAGAACUCGAAUCAUUCGCCAAAAUGGUUACAACGCAUCUGGCGUAAGAUUCGUCCAAGCAGAUCCCACCGCCAGAACUUGAAGGCUAUUUCCACGUCGCAGAUUAAAGUUGCUGAAUUGCCCUCAUCCCUGCCUGAAGCAGAGGCACCACACCCAAAUACCAAUCCCGUCCGACACAGUCUACCAUUUUCGCAUAGGACAAGACAUGAGAAUAGCUUGCUUCCCGUUCUGCCGACGGCUGCAUCAUUUUUUGCCAUGGCAACCACCAGUUCCAGCGGAGUUGAAGAGUCAGGCUGUAGAGACCGUCAGAAGGAAGUGAAUAGCUCGUUUAGUGGUGAAGAUGCUAGUGUUUUGGCGGAAGCGGGAAUCACAGAUAGAACCGUCAUCGAAAUGAAGUCAUGCCAUCUGGUAAAGAAAUUGCAUGCUGACAAAGAAUAUGUGGACAAUGAAGACGUUUCUCCUUCGGGGCUGAGAAUUGAGCAGAUCUGUGGUGGUCUUAAGGCCGAUGAAUGCGAAGGAAACCUGACAACGACUGACAGUUCUGAGCAUUUGUGGCAAGGAAAUGACCACUUGUCGCAUAAAACUAUUUCCAGUCCAUACAGGCAUCCUCUGCCGCAAACAAUGCUUUAUGAUCCAGGCAAUUGUGGACAAGUGAAUCAAGGAUGUGGCCACAUUCGAACUUCGCCAAGAAGUCGAACAACCCAACAGGCAAUGACAGAGACAAUGACAAAAGAUACCAAUAAUUCGCUCGUGACUGGGCUAGCAAAUCCGGACACGAUGAGCAGGACAUUUGAGCGCGGAUCUUCUCAUCCUGUCAACCAGUUGGCAAAAUGGCCAACUUCAAAAUCCCGAAUCGCUCUACAUCCGCCGCGAACGAGUGCUUCAUACGAAGGGAAAUCUAGACGCACUGUCACACAGACAGUGCUCGAGAGGGAAGUUGCCCUACAAACCGAAGACAGUCAUACACGAACUCUUGACACGGCGCGACGUGUCAGGCUGGCCAAAGGUAUGGGGAUGUUGCCCAAAAUCAUUUUAGACUCGAGGGUCAAAUUGAAGACUUUCAUCCGUUAG